AUGACUGAGUUUGUGCAUGAUUACUAUUGCCGUCGUUUGUGUUUCGUUGCUGGUUUGUCUAAUUGUGCGGGGAAGAUCUGGAUUUUUUGGGAUCACAAUUUUCGAGUGGAGUUGCUUAGGGAUGAGGUACAAUUAUUGCAUGUUAGAUGCAUAUCUGGUUUAUUUGGUGCUCCUUUUGUAUUUACUGCGGUCUAUGCUAGAUGCUCUCGUUCCGAGCGCCGUGUUUUGUGGAAUUCGUUCCGCGACAUUUUUGAGACGAUUGGUGACACUCCUUGGAUUUCUGGGGGUGACUUCAACUCAAUCUUACUUGAGUCGGAACGGAAUAGAUCGGUUUCGGAUAGGAGACUAGAUAUGGCUGAGUUUGGUGCUAUGGUUUCGGAUUGUGAACUUUCGGAUGCCGGGUUCUCUGGGGUUACCCACCUCUCACGGACCUGGUCGGAUCAUGCUCCUCUUUUGGUUUCAUCGGCUGCUUCUUCGUCUAGGCCUCCUGCUUCAUUCCGGUUUCAACAUAUGUGGAUCCGCCACGCUACGUUUCGUCAGAUUGUGGAACAGGUUUGGGACUUUCCGUGUGCUCAGACGGGGAUGCAUCGAUUACAUACGAAGUUGAGACGAUUGAAACAGAAGCUUCAGUGGUGGAAUUGGAAUGUUUUCGGGGACGUGUUCAAGAAUAAAGAGAGGGCCGGGGCAGCUGUUCUAGAGGCAGAGCACAUAUAUGACUUGGAUCGAUCCCCCGAGAAUCGUGCAAAUUUGAAAAAGGCCACUGCUGAACUUACUCUCAUGCUCAAUAUUGAGGAGGACUUUUGGAAGCAGAAGGCAGCUUGUAGAUGGGCGACUGAUGGAGAGAGAAACUCUAAGUUUUUCCACUCAUUAGUCAAGAAAAAGCGAUGUGUCAAUCGAAUCCACUCUAUCUCUCAUGGUGAUUCGGUUCUCACAUCAGCUCAGGAGAUCAAGGAUUUGGGCGUUGAUUUCUUUAGCAAGCUUCUUACCAAUGAUAUGCCUAGUUUGCUUCCGGUUGAUGAGUCCCUAUUUUCCGCUCCUCAAAGGGACUUUUCUUCAGUCUCUACUCGUCCGUCGGUUGAGGAGAUCAAAGAUGCGGUGUUCGGGAUUUGUCGAGAUAGUGCUUCGGGUCCUGAUGGGUAUUCUUCGCUAUUUUAUCAGCAUUGUUGGGACUUGAUUCAGUGUGAUGUUUGUGAAGCGGUUUGGGAUUUCUUCGAGGGUGGAUCUAUGCCUGCGAGCUUCACCGCUACCACCUUGGUUCUUAUUCCAAAGGUGGACUUUCCGACGGCUUGGACAGAUUUCCGCCCGAUUAGCUUGUGCAACGUUACCAAUAAAAUUAUCACCAAGGUACUUACGAACAGACUGGCACCUCAUUUGCCCCACAUUAUUUCUCCUUCUCAGAGUGGGUUUGUUCAGGGUCGUCUCAUUAGUGAUAAUAUUUUAUUAGCACAAGAGAUGGUCCACUCGAUAUCAGUUCGUUGUCGAAACCCGAAUCUUAUUUUGAAGCUGGAUAUGGCAAAGGCUUAUGAUAGGGUUCAGUGGCGGUUCUUAUUUCGUGUACUCGAGCUGAUUGGUUUCUCGGCGAACUUGGUUGAUAUUAUUCGGCGAUGUGUUUCCUCGUGCCAGUUCUCUUUACUAAUCAACGGGGAGCUGACGGGGUAUUUCACUUCGUCUCGUGGUCUAAGGCAGGGAGAUCCGCUCUCGCCGACUCCUUUUGUACUUGCGGCUGAGUAUUUUUCGAGAGGUCUCGAUGCACUAUACAGCCGUUGCCCAAGCAUGUUUUAUUCUACAAGGGGAGGCAUCCCUAUAUCCCAUUUGGCCUAUGCGGAUGAUGUGAUGAUAUUUACCUCGUGCCAUAAUUUUGGCCUGAAGAAGCUGCGGGAUUUUCUCGAUCAUUACUGUCGGACUUCGGGUCAGUUGAUUAGUGUGCACAAGAGCACUUUCACAGUUGAUAGGGCAUGUUCUGAUGGUCAUCUUCGCACUAUUUCUCGGAUUCUCAGUUAUCCGAGAAAGGAUCUUCCUAUCAUUUAUCUUGGAGCUCCACUAUACAAAGGGAGGGACCGGGGCAGUUUGUUUCACACUUUGAUUGAUCGCAUGUUAUUCAACCUCCGCAGUACAUUAUUCAGCAGAUUGAGCAGUGCAUGGCCCGAUUUCUCCGGGGAUCUUAUGGUAAUCAGCGCCGGCCAUUGGGUCGCUUGGGAGACGAUUUGUCGGCCAGUUAGUGAGGGUGGCUUGGGGUUGAGGCAUUUGACGGAUGUGAUUGACGCCUUCACUUACAAGCUCUGGUUCCGAUUCCGUGCUCAGGAUUCUCUUUGGGCCCGUUUUCUCCGAAACAAGUAUUGUCGGAAUCGGUUCCCAGGUUCAUCCGUUGUGUCUUCACUCUAUAGCACGGUGGGGAAGCGCAUGUGCCGUGUCCGAGAGCGUGUUCAAGCUCAAAUAUUUUGGCGGAUUGGUCCAGGUCAUGUUUGUUUCUGGCACGAUCACUGGUUUGGCGAUGGUCCCCUUUCGGGUAUUAUUGAUGGUGGUCGGCUAACAUCAGUUCGUGUGGAGUAUUAUUUGGUUAACAGUCAGUGGGAUCGAAACAAGCUAGCUGAGGAUAUUCCUUUUGAGUGGAUCGAUAGGAUUUGCUCGGUCCCAAUCUCUGGUGCUUCGGGUGAUUUGCCCAUUUGGAGAGCUUCUUCAGAUGGCAAGUUUUCCUUGACCUCGGCUUGGGCCUUGAUACGACAGCAGCAUACCCCUACCCCUCUUCUUCGUAUAUUUUGGGGAUCUUGUCUUACUCCUACAAUUUCUAUCUUUCUUUGGCGUCUCCUUCUUCAGCGUCUUCCAGUGGAUACCAAACUUCAGUCUCGAGGCACCUCUCUUGCCUCGAGGUGCUAUUGUUGUCCAGAUCCAUCUAUUCCUGUGUCGAGUCUUGUAUCUCAGUCUGUCGAGUCUCCUUCUGUUGAGUCGAUUGAUCAUAUCUUCGUGGAGAGCCCGACGGCUAAGAGGGUAUGGCAUCAUUUUUUCUAUCUUUUUGGCUAUACACCUGCACACACUACGCACAUACCCCAGAUUUUACUUUAUUGGCAGCACUUCACUUCGCACACACUCACACACCACACACACAUCACGACCAUUGUGCCUUGCUUGAUCUUGUGGUACUUAUGGAUUGCAAGAAAUGAUAGCAAGCACAAGGAUAUCACGGUUCGCGCUUCUUCCAUCAUUUACAGGGUCAUCCAGCACAUCAGGAUUCUUCACCAAACCAAAUUACUUUCGGCAGACAGCUGGACUGGCAUUCCCCACGUGGCUGAGUCUCUUGGCCUAUAUUACCGAGUCAGAACACCAACUCUCACACCUUAUCGAGUUGUUUGGCUUCCACCGGAUCCGGGUUGGGUGAAGCUAAACACAGACGGAGCCCGUAGAGCAUCCACCCAGAUUGCAGCUAUUGGCGGGAUUAUCAGAGGUUCGGACGCUGAGGCCAUACUUGCAUUUCACGAGAGGAUCUCUGCCCCGAGCAGUAUUGCAGCCGAGCUUGCUGCCCUUGCCUCGGGGCUGCGAUUUGUUAUUCAGAGGCAAUUCACUAGAGUUUGGAUCGAGCUUGACGCAGAAGUCGCUGUUCGACUUCUUUCGCACACGGACCAAGGUCAUUGGAGUCUUCAGAGUUCUCUCACGGCGAUCCGGAACUCUCUUUCUACUUUGGAGUACAGGAUUACACAUAUCUACCGGGAGGGCAAUACAGUAGCUGAUGCAUUAGCUAACUUGGGGUGUCAGACCGAGUUGGCUCGUACCUUCACAACAGCGGAGCUUCCCCGACCUAUUCAGCAGAUGAUUCGGAUGGACCAGCUUGGAUAUCCAUCCUUUCGACGACAUUCUCGCACAUAG